AUGACCAUCUCCGGAGCUGUUUUGAUACACUUUGAGGAGUUAGACACAUUUGUUCUCGCUCUGAACAGUGUCACGCGUGAAAAGGGAACCAUGUUCAAUGCAGACAUUUGCGUGAAUAACAAGCAAGCUUGCGUGGAGCAUAUAAAAAUCAAAAUGAGAAAUGUUUGGGCCAGAAACCCAUGCAAGAAAAAUGCAACAUGCCAAGCUGGGUUUACAGACAGAGAUUAUCAGUGUUUAUGUGUUCUUGGAUCUGGAUUUGGAGGCCAUGAUUGUGAUGAAGAUUUGGACGAAUGUACUGUUGGAACACACGAAUGUGACGAAAAUGCUGAGUGUAACAAUACCUUGGGAUCUUACAAGUGUACUUGUAAAGAUGGAUUUCAAGGAAAUGGAAUCAACUGCACAGAAUGUUCGGCACCUCUUGGUAUGGAAAGUCACCACAUCAAAGAUUCUCAAAUCACUGCAUCUUCACAAUGGGAUGGAAAUCAUGCAGCAGUCCAAGGAAGAUUGAACUUUAAAGCUGGUGGAGGCAAACAAGGAGGAUGGUCAGCUCGUCCGAACAAUGAAAAUCAAUGGAUCCAGGUAGCUCUUAGCAGUUACACUAAAUUAACAAGUAUAGCGACACAGGGAAGGAAUGCUUACAAACAGUGGGUAACGGCGUACCAGCUGCAGUACAGUGAUGAUGGAAUGAACUUCUACUACUAUAAAGUACCAGGACAUAGUUCACCAAAGACACUGGAGGGAAAUAAAGACAUGGACAGUGUUGUUUAUCACAAGCUGAACCCACCAAUCCAAGCUCGUUAUAUAAGACUCCGACCAACAGAUUGGUAUGCUUAUAUAUCAUUAAGGAUGGAGCUUUAUGGUUGCCGAGGUUCCCAGUCUUAGCUUUCCGGAGGCUCUGUCCGCUGACAGUCAUGAAAAGUAGCUUCAGACUCAUUUACACUUGGACUUGACCAGGACUUGAAUCAUUGAACGAAGUUGGACCAGGGUAUUCAUGUACAGGAUAUCUCACAAGUUCGUGUCCGUUUUACUAAAAGCUUAUAUCUUACUUAUUUUCGCAUCCUGGAAGCCGUAUUUCCAAGAAUGAUUAAUACCCGGUUUUACUUAAUCACUAAGGUUUAAAAUCCUUCGACAGUUAAAAAAAAAAACAGAUUUAAAAUAAUUUUCCUGCAUUACAGAAAUUAUUUGGCCAACCGACUAAUAAAAUGCUCAAGAGCACUCGCUUUUGUCAUGAAUAUUUUUCUUUCCUUAAUUUUA